UCCUGCCGUCCGUUGAGGUGGCCGCGUUACGUUUUCAAAAAUGUAUACGCAUUCGAAAUUUGAAUUAUUAUUUUUAAACGCCAUAUUGUUUUUAUAACCGAUAACGAUUCGUCGCCGCGAUUCUGUGAUGUGUUUUUGUUUUAAUUACGUCAAGUGACAAGUGAAAAAGUGCGCGUAUAAUAUCUGUUAAAAAUAGACAGUUAACAAUGCAGCAAAUUUUUCGUUGCAUUCUGUGAUUUGUGAUUUGGAUUACCGAUUAUGGAAAAGCCAUCGUAUAAGCUCGUCGGAGCGCCGUGCGGUCAUCAUGGGCAAUACACCUUCUACAAGGCACUGAGAUUGACUGGAUCCUUGGAGAGGAUUAUCGCAAUUGGAGACUUCUUCUUCGUCAGGAUAUGGCAGGACUCGGAACUGGUUUCCAUAGGAGAACUUCAACUCCUAUGGACGGAUCGUGUCUCCGAUCAGACCCUGGUCUCCUUGAGGCUGUACUUCCUGCCGGAGAACACCCCUGAUGGACGAGGACAACAGGGCCAGGACGAGGUCCUAGCGAUAAAUGAAAAGGUGGUGCUUCGUGCUGAGGACCUACUCUCCUGGGUCUGUGAUGGAGGAGGCUGGAGGUGGGGCAUCCGGGCCGUUUGGAAGGAGGCUUGUGCCCCCCCUGCUGAGAAUAAGCUGACGUCCCCCCUACACCUUACAAAGCUAGAUUUCAGCGAUGUGGAGAAAGAGAAAAGUACUAUGUCCCUGGAUGCAGACAGUCCCGGUGUGGUGGUGUUCUCGUACCCUCGUUACUGCAGAUACAGAGCGAUUCUUGCCCGUUUAGAGGGCAUCCAAGCCGACUGGUUGAGAGACUCUCUGGUUGCCGCUUUGGGAGGGUAUGCGGCACCCACAAAUAACACUAGGAUAUUGUAUUGUAAGGACACCUUCGAAUAUCCAGAACUCGAAGGUCACGAAUUCGUGUGUAAUCACCUAGCGCCAAAGAUGAAGGGCCGGCCACGUGGGCGGCGGCGAGCGCGGGCACGCGACCGUGACCACGAUCCUGACAGUGACCGUGACUCGCGGUCAAGUGACAGCGAUGCUGCGUCUCCUUCGGAUCCUAGGAUACAACGGCGGGUGUCUCUCCGAAUUGGCGCAGACAAGCCGAGUGAAGAUGAUGAAAGGGGAAGGGAGAAAGAGAAGGACGAAGCGUUCCUUCUAGAACUUAGGGAGUUUUAUAAGGAAGACGUUAAGAUUGUACACACCAAGUAUAAUUAUAUCUCCCUACGAAAACUGUAUUCGCGCGUGAAGUCUUACGGCGGCUAUGAGACAGUAUGUCGGGGGAGGAUUUGGUGUUUGAUAUAUGAAGGAAAACAAGCGCCGAGGGCAAAGAAAUUAUAUGAAAGAUACCUCUUGCCUAUGGAAAAUCACCAACGCCGCCAAAAUUCCCGGUUCCUCCCGAAAAUCAAUGGCAAAAUAGAUGAUAAAACCAUAGCCACAAUAGACGUCACAGAGUCGCCUCUACGUGACAUAGACAAACCCAUAGACAAAGCAGACAAACGACUGCGCACGCCGUCGCCCAAAGACAAAAUUAUUCUAGACAAUGAAACCGGAGAAAUAUUAAAAGACGAAAUUAAUGUGACUUCAAAACCGGCUGAAGAGCUGAACAGGGAGUUUCUAGAAGCUAUAUCCAAGCAGAAGGAGACGGAGGAGAGAGAAGAGAAGGAGACAGUGAAGAUUUCAGUGAAGCCCGUAGAGAAAUUGAUUGAGAAAGAUGAUAAGGGUUUCCUGAAUGAAUUGACUCAGAAGUUGCAUUUGGGCAACACUGACACUACAAUAUUAAAAGAGCUGUCGGACGCGCAGAGCAGUGUUGCCAGCAAUGCGCUAACUAGCCUAUCGUCACUGAGCGAGAAGUAUGCUGUGAACGGUCACAGUUCUGUGCCCGCGCUGGGAAUUGAUCAGCAAAAAUCUCGUCCGGUGGGGCGAAGCUCCCUACGCGCAGUUCGAGUUAAGCCGACGAGACCACAACUGCCGUCGAGUACACCCCCUCAAUCAUCAGUGACGGAAGCUUCACCGCCCCCACCAGCGCCCUUGACCAACUUCGGGAUCCAUCACCCCCCUGCCCCUCCCAAACAAGUGCCCCUCAAAACUACUUCGCAUAGUGAUGACGAAAUCGUUGAGGUCCCAUACAUACCAAAAACACCAGAAAUAAUAGACCUAGAUGAAUAUCCCGAAAGUCCGCAAGGUGUUAAAAAGAGAAAACUAGAUAUUCUCAAAGAGAGGGGCCUAGAAGUGACGGCGAUACCCCCUGCACCCAUUUGGCCUCAAGUGCUAGCGACCCCCAUAGCGCCCCUCAUAAAUCCUACCCCCGUUAUACUAAAUCCUGCGGUUCAACACCAAAUCAUGACGCAAGCGCAGCUGUUUCAAAUGUACAAUAUUAUACCUCCAAAUUACAACAAUGGCGCUGUACCACCCAGAGUCAUCCAAGCGACUAGUGCGUUCGGGACGUCGGGCCCCGAAAAAACAGUCUACGGUAACCCGAAGGACCCGUUCAUGCCGCCCCCGCACGUCCUACAAGGCACCCCCAUCAAACCCCAAAGAAGUAUACAAGUCACCGGACCGACCCCCCAAGAUAUUCUGGAUCUUACGUGCAAAUCUCUGUCUCCCCCACCGCAGAAACCAGCCGUGGAAAUUGUCAGACUACCCCCACAAUCGCCCUCAAAAACACCGACUCCGCAGAACUUAUCCAAAAACUACACACUGGUGGAUGGAAAAGCAGUUGUCGGCUCCAAUUUGGAGAUAACGCUAGUUAACCCCAAAACGCCAACGCCGCCAAAACGACCCCCACAAAAGCGGUCCUCGAACGGCAAAUUCAUCUCGACAAAGACGCCCACGCCCCCCAAAGACUACACAAAACCAUUCCCGCCCCCGUCCCCGUCGGGCGUCAAAAAACCCCCAAUAGUAGUUCCGAAUUAUCAAAUUUCCCGCGACGACGUCUCACCAACGAGUUCUACGGGGUCCAAGGAGUCCCAAAACAGUGUUCAGAACAAUUUAGCUAACGUAUUUAAGGGGCAGAAUUUGACCCAAAUGAUGGAUAUGCAGAAGAAUGUGCCCCUUACCCCUUUUAUGGACCCGAUGUAUAUGAACGCGUUUUAUAGCAGUCUGGGCCAAAUGGACCAACGUCAAUUGGCUCUGUAUAGAGACUUUAUGGCGAAUCAGUUUAGGGGAUAUUCGGGUUUAUUGAAUAUAGGAACGCCGACAACGAAAAAUUAGUGUAAAUCUAGUCGUUAAGCGGAUUUGCGUUAUGAAAAUGGCAGCUAUCUGAAGUUUUAUAAAUAGGUCUGACAAAGUUUAAACAGACACAAAUGCAAAGUAUUGUUUUAGUAUUACUUAAGCACGAAUUCAAGCGUACUCCUCCCUUAAAGGCCGGCAACGCAACUACUAAAAAUGUGUGUCUAUGGGCUGCGACGACUGCCCUUUUUGGGCGACACGCAAUCUAGUUUGUCCCCUAUUUUAUUUAAAAAAACACUAGGGGAAAGGGGGGGGGAGGAAUCUUUGACUUUCCUAUUUAUUGAUUACGACAACAGUUAUUACACAUUGUCAAUGCUUAAAAACGAAAAGCAUUUACGAGGAUUCCAACAAAAAAUUAAUACGUACCCGUACUAAUAUUUUUAAAGGCUUCGCUUACUUUUACCGACAAGAGGGGGGAUAUAUAAUAACUAGAGGGGAGUAAUAGUUGAACUGCCUCUAAUAAAUCUUAUCAUAACUAGCGCUGGCAUAUUUCUUAUACUGAAACACAUUUAAUAAGUACUUGAGAUUCUAGUUUAUACGACUCUUGCGAGCCUCCCGCGUUUCCCCCAGUUUAUAUAAAAAAAACUCUCAGACACUGUCUUUAAUAGCCUUUUUAUUCUUAACAAGAAAAUUGUAAAGAAAUUCUGAAUCCAUUCCUGUUGAUCGCGUUAUACACACGCGUUGUGUUUUGUUUUUUUUUAUAUAACAGGAGGCAUACGGGCAGAAGGCUUAUAAAAGUGAUACCGCCCAAGAGCGAUCAGAUCACCAGAGGCUCGCAAGUACGUUGCCGGCCCUUUUGCGGAGUAUAGAGAAUUUUAAAUAUUUGUGUAAAAAUUUUAAAAAAUUGAUUCGUUUGUCAGACCAAAGAUUAAAGAAUGACGUCAUAACGCAAAUUAUUAUUGUGAUAAUUGUCAUGUGUGUUCCGAUCUCUUUAUUUCCAAUGCGAUGUUAUACGCUCUAGUAUUCCAAUUGUAAAUAAAUUGUGUAAAUAAUGGUUUGUUUUCCUGAAAACGGGAUUUCUCGUGAAAUGCCGAUUGCAGCUUUGUUUUAAACGGCAUUCGUUUUGGGACGAUUUAGUUGAAUUUCCAGCCAGUUCCUAUUUUCAACUUACGAAUCGUUUUGUUGGAUGUAAGAACGAAUGGUUUAGUUAGGUUAGAAUAAUAUUGUUCCUAGGGUAAUUUUUUAAUUCGCAAUGGUAUUGCGCUGACAGCUGUCAGUGCACCGUCGAUGACAUGCGUCAGUCACUCGCUGUACAAAAAUAAAGUUAUUAAAAUUU